GUAAAUACUAACGGGUUUCUUCUACCACAUGCCAAACGAUAAGUAAUAUUACACAGCGUAAUAACAUCUACUUCUGCCCAAUCAAGCUUGGAUUCCAAUUAAGAAUACAUACAACAUUUCCCCCAAUCACCGGAGUGAACUCGCCGCCCCGUUGGAAACCAAGUGGAAAAUUCAAACGGCCCAUUUCCGAUCAACGAAGUGCACUACUGCUGGCUGCUUUCAUGUCAGCAACUCUCAUCACAGCUGCCUCCGUCAGCGAGUGGAAGCGUGAUGCAUUUUCGUUCCGCGGCAAUAACUGGAAGCAGUUUCGCGAAACACAACGACGAUGAUGAUGAUGUUGAUGCUAGCAAAUAUUCGCAAAUUGCAAUUCUUGGUGGCUUCAAUUAGCGGCGCGCUUCAGGCGGAAUUUUCGACACGCAAUUAGGAAUUCAAAUCAUCCCCGCACACAACACAACAGUAGUGAAGCGACGAGCGCGCGCGCGUUUUGUUUCCGAAUUCCGUGUCCAAACGUGCAGCAGAUUUGGUAAUUAACAUUCAACUCAACGAGAUGCCAUCGUUCUGCUCGAUGUGGGUUUCAAAAAGCAGACGAUGUUGGUCACCGAACAAGGUGAACCGAGCACGAAUCGGUAAUCCCCAAACAUGAUGCGGUCCGCACGGAGCCCGACCGGACGGUUCGACGUUUCAUCGGCAGGACGUUUCGUGAUGGAAGCAGUGAUUUCUGAUUUGUGAAACUUUGUGACACGUGUGAGAUACUCUGUUACCGAUUGUCUUGUUCUCAAAACAAUGUUGUGCAGUGUUGUUUGACCGCAAACGGCGGUUCAUAAGUUUUAUGAAGACUCUUUUUAACUCGGAAAAACUGGUGGUGUUGACGAAAAAUAGUUAAUUAACAGAAGAAAUGUUUUGGUGCGAUCGAUCCGAAUAGCAGGCAACACGUUCACCAGAAGCGACUGUCCAGCCCUAGCCCUAGUAGUAGAGUAGCUCUUGCGUAAGAAUGUCAUCCAAAAUUACAUCACGUUCAUCGGAUUAAUCAUCAUACUGGUCGUGCGAAAAAAAAGUAGUUCACAACCGCCGAGCUUCCGGGAGGAAAAAACUUGGCCAAAAUUUCUUAUUAGUGUGGCGGCUCAAAAAAAAAUUCUAACGAACGAACCAUACGCAAGCAUACCACCAUAUCCGGGAGGUGUGGGCACUAAUCUCGCACCAUGAAAGGAUCCGACUCGAGUACAAAACUAUGGAGCGCCUCGUCUUCGCCAUCAGCCAGCAGUCACGAUCUGAUGAUGACCACGACCAGCCACCCGCACUAUCAACACAGCAGCCAGCACCAGCAGCAACAGCAGCAGCAGUCCCUAGCGAUGAACACACUAAACAGCUUCCUGCACGACAGCUCGGACUCCGAUUCGACUUUUCUGCUGCUUGGGAAUGCCAGCGAUGGACCCGGUCCCGGUGGCGGAGGCGGAGGUGGAGGCGCAAACGGGAACGGGAGCGGAGGUUGUCUGAAACUGACGACCAGCUCAACUUUAGCUGACAAAACGAACCACAAUGGGUAUGCAAUGAUGCGCUCGACUUCGUCCUGUACGAUCCAUGGCUUCAAUGGUAUCGGCGGAACAGCAAAAGGCGUUGUAAAUAGCAGUGGCAGCAGUAGUGGCCAUUACACAAACGGUGGUAGUAGCGGUAGUAACAGUAGCGGUAGUGGAAGCAAUAGUAGUAAGGCUAAUUAUUUCUUCGGUGGCAGCAGCGGACCGCACGGCGCUAGUGGGUCCGGCAAUGCGAACGUCCUCGCACGGUGCUGCAUCUACCUGACCAAAGGACUGAACCUGCGGAUAUGUGCCGUCGCGUUAGUGAUAGUAACGAUAUUUUCCAUGCUGUAUUAUAACUACUAUAUGGAUAGCUCACCGAUAGCUAGCUUUAUGCACCGUGACACUCGGCCCGCACCCCUCAUCCACUGCCGAAUGCUGAACGGCAAGGCACCCAUCGAGUCAUCCCCGGCGCCGGACCACCGGUCCGAGGCCCGGUUACGAAUCGACCCCAAAGUGCUGGUGUUUGUCGAAACGACCUACUCCCGGCUCGGUCGGGACAUUGCCGAGCUGCUCGUCUACAAUCGGAUCAAAUACAAAAUCGAAGUCGCCGGCAAAAACGUUCCGGUGCUCACCAUACAGGACAAGGGCCGGUACGGGGUGAUCGUGUUCGAAAAUCUGGAAAAGUACCUGCAGAUGGACAACUGGAACCGGCAGCUGCUGGACAAGUACUGCCGCGACUAUUCGGUGGGAAUUAUCGGCUUUAUAGCGCCGAGUGAGGAAACUCUGGUCGGAGCCCAGCUGCGAGGUUUUCCACUGUACGUACAUACGAACCUGCGGUUGCGAGAUGCUAGUCUGAAUCCGGGAUCACCGGUGCUGCGGCUGACCCGAGCUGGGGAUACCGCUUGGGGGCCUCUGCCAGGCGGGGAUUGGGCCGUAUUUCAACAUAAUCACAGUACAUACGAGCCGCUGGAGUGGGCUCAGCGGAAUACGCAGGAUUACCCGGUAGAUGGAGUCCAGCCGCCGUUGGCGACAGUAAUACAGGACCACGGGCGGGUAGACGGCAUCCAAAGGGUGUUAUUCGGGGCUGGGUUAAGGUUCUGGUUGCAUCGGUUAUUGUUUUUGGAUGCGUUAUCAUACCUAAGCCACGGGCAGUUGAGCUUAAACCUGGAACGAAGGAUACUGAUUGAUGUUGAUGACAUAUUCGUAGGCGAAAAAGGAACACGGCUGAAACCGGACGAUGUUCAUGCCCUGAUUGCCACCCAAAAUCGAAUAGCAAGAAUGGUUCCGGGGUUUAGGUUCAACCUAGGAUUUUCCGGAAAGUAUUUUCAUCAUGGGACACACGAGGAAAACCUAGGGGACGAUAUGCUUCUACGGAAUGUAGAACAGUUCAAUUGGUUUUCACACAUGUGGAACCACCAACAGCCGCAUCUGUACGACAACGUAACAACACUGAUGAACGAUAUGAUGCUAAACAAAGAUUUCGCUAAAGAAAAAGGCAUUCCAACGGAUUCCGGUUACUCGGUGUCGCCGCAUCAUUCGGGUGUCUAUCCGGCGCACGAGCUGCUGUACAUGGCAUGGAAAAAAGUUUGGAACAUCAAAGUAACUUCCACCGAAGAAUAUCCACAUCUUCGGCCGGCCCGGCUUCGUCGGGGUUUCAUCCACCGAAAUAUCAUGGUUCUUCCAAGACAAACUUGCGGCCUUUUCACCCACACGAUGUACAUCGAUCGCUAUCCGGGCGGACGCGAUAAACUUGACGAAUCCAUCCAAGGCGGAGAAUUAUUCCAAACCAUCGUAUACAAUCCAAUUAAUAUUUUCAUGACACACAUGUCGAACUACGGCAGCGAUCGAUUGGCGCUGUACACCUUCGAAUCGGUUAUAAAAUUCCUCCGCUGCUGGACCAACCUUAAACUGACCUCAGCGCCACCACUGCAGCUUGGUGAAACCUAUUUCAAACUACACCCGGACGAAACGGAUCCCAUAUGGGGCAAUCCUUGUGACGAUGCUCGUCACAGUAAAAUCUGGUCACGAAACAAAAGCUGCGAUACGCUGCCAAAGUUUCUCGUGAUUGGACCGCAAAAAACCGGCACCACAGCUCUGUAUACCUUCCUCAGUCUGCAUCCAUCGGUGGCAAGCAAUCUACCCAAUCCGGACACCUUCGAAGAAAUCCAGUUUUUCAACGGUAACAACUACUACCGAGGUCUCGAUUGGUAUCAGAAUUUCUUCCCAGUACAACCGAAUGGAACCGGAGGACGGUACAUGUUCGAAAAAUCGGCUACCUACUUUGAUGGAGAGCUGGUUCCCAAACGAGCGCACGCUCUUCUACCGAAAGCCAAAUUGGUCACCAUUCUUAUUUCGCCAGCAAAACGGGCCUACUCCUGGUACCAGCACAUCAAAGCCCACGGAGAUCCGAUCGCAAAUAACUACAGCUUCUAUCAGGUAAUUAUGGCCACGGACACGGCACCGAAACCGCUCCGCGAUUUGCGCAACCGCUGCCUGAACCCGGGCAAGUACGCCCAGCACCUGGAGCGAUGGUUGGCGUACUAUCCGCAGCAGCAGCUGCACAUCAUCGAUGGCGAGCAGCUGAAAUCGAACCCGGUGGAGGUGAUGAUGGAACUGCAGCGCUUUCUCAAACUGGUACCGACCUUCGACUACAGCGAGCAUCUGCGCUUCGACAAUAAGAAAGGCUUCUACUGCCAGAUCGUGAACGAGAACAAAAACAAGUGUCUGGGGAAAUCGAAAGGCCGCCAGUAUCCGCCGAUGGACGAGAAGAGCGCCAAGUGGUUGCAGAGGUACUACCAAAAUCACAACAGUGCACUGAACAAGUUGCUGAAAAAGCUUGGCUCCCGGCCCGUACCCCAGUGGCUGAAAGACGACCUCUCGACAACGUCAUAACAGCAGCGGGAACAGCAGCAACGGCAGCAGCAGCAGCAACGACAACAGCAGCAGCAGCAGCAACCGAUCAUUCAAUGUGAAAUGAUCUAGAAGAAACAGCUUAGCGAUGAUAAUUGUCACUAACUAAAAGAAAAGACUAGUUUUAAAAGCUAUGUUAGUCAGUAAUGUACAAAGCAAAUGGAACACACGCUAGAAGCUGAGUCGCGUGAAUGACAGUUUUACAACGUGAAGAGACUUCAAAUUAGCUAUCUAUAGAGCAAUCGACAAGUGUGGAAAAAAGGGGCAAAAGUGAAUGAGAGCCUUGAUUAUAUUAAGUAAGAUCGAUUUACUACUAUUCGCUGUAUGGACAAACGCUUUAAUUUUGAGUUUAUAUUUUUUAAUUAUCAUUCCUUGUUCUGGAAAGGAAGCAAAAUUUUCUAUUUGUUCUGUAGACCACAAGCGGAAGCUAAUUUACAAUUCUCAGUUGUGCGGCACAACGCAACAAGUAUUGUCCCCUAUAAUUAUUUAACGUGAUAAUUUUAAGUAGGUUUAGUGUGAAAAAAUACCUCAUCCAGUUGAGAAACACGUAAGAAGAUUAUAUUGUAUAAUAGUCAGUGGUUUGUGUCUUGGGAUGGUAAUAUUCCAAUGCUCAUCGUCAGAUGGCUACAAUCGCUCUUGCGCGGUGCCUAGAAUGUACAUUACAUUCUAAGGGAUUGUAAAAAAAAGCAUAAAUCGUUUAGUUUAUCCACUUUUAGCGGGUCGAUACGAGUUUUAAUAAAGCAUGUAUAGGUUUAAAUAUGUGAAUUAACUUUAAUUGAACAGGGUACAAGUAAAAUUCCGUUUGCUGUUGCUAAACUUGUAAAUUUUACGUUUGUCCUAUGGCUGUCGUUUUAGAGUCAGUUGUUUUGUUGCCAUAAUUUAACGGUAAGCUAUCGUUAUUUGCUAACUUUAGGACACGUUUCUAAUCCAUUAAGCUAAUCUGAUAAUUGAAUGUACUUAUAUCCUGAGAAAGAGCGAAGUAAAUAUAUUAAAAAGCAGUACUUACUGUGUAACAGCGGGGAUUAUAACAAAAAAAAAUGUCUUCUAUAUGGUACGAACGGUGUGCAUAUAAUAAACCUUCUAAGGACGCAAUGAAAGCAAAAUUUAACAUAUCUAACAGUAGUAUUUAAAGCAGAAGAUAGACGUUUUUGCCCCAGCGAAACAAAAGUAAGCAUAAACACACCCUACAAAAAAAAGCAAAUUAACUAUUUUUUAAACUGUUCUAAAAGAAAGGCAGAAUCAAACAAAAAAACGCUUAAAUUUUGAACCGCAUCGACACCGAUAUUCCGACAACGGUCUAAGCCACAUACAAAGACAAGAAAACGGAGAGCUCCCUGUACAGAUACAAAGUAAAAGAUGGCGCUAUACUACUUUUCCAGUGUUCUGUUUGUAUGAAAACUGUAAAGCUACAAUAGAUAGUUAGUGAGGCCACUCAGCAAAUGCAGCCACUAGCAUAAUAGCAUUGCCGGCAUGUUGUUUGUCCAUGAAUCUGAUUGUAAAUAGCCAGCCAAUGAUUUUAAUAGGCAGCAGCAGCAGCAGCAGCAGUAGCAGCAGCCGCAACAACAGCAGCAUUACCGCGAGGCGCAAGAAACUGUUAUCAGAAUAAAGUACGAAGCCGUCGGUCAUAGUCGAGCUGAGGAAUUACGAAACAAUUAUUGUCGUCGGAGUAGUACAACUAAGAAUAGAGCAAAAACAAAACUUCCUUCAAAGAAAUUUUCCGGUGCCCCGUGCGCAACUGAUGGAGGAAAAUUACCAUUUUGUUACGCUGAUAUGAGCACUAGCUUGCGGCAAGGUUCAGUUUACUGACUGGUACUGACUUAAAUCGUGAAUUUCCCGUCCAGAUUGAAAAGGUAUACCAAGUUGACGCAAUCAAUUCUAAUAGAUAAUUCCUGUUAGAUAUUCGAAUCAAACAUAAUCGAUUCCGAGUAAG